ACUGAAUUGGUUGUAAUCUGUUCCAUUCUGCUCACUUGACCUGGGACAGUUUUUAUUGCUCUUUGAAAAGACUCAAUUACUGCAAACUAUGGAAACCAGUGAGGGCCACAGAGUCCCAACCAAUUCACAGAGUGGUGUAUGCGUGUCUCCACCACAACCCAUGACAGCUGAGGAACAGCCUCUACAGCAGGGGGACCUCCUGCUGAAAAAGUCACACCAACAGAAGCUCCUGAACUAUACAGAAGCCACCAAAGAGGGUCUGCAUUCCAGGGGCCAGUGGGCGAGUAAAGCUGAGUUCCUCCUGGCUGCGGCAGGGCAGAUCAUUGGCCUGGGCAACGUCUGGAGGUUCCCUUACCUCUGCUACAAGAAUGGAGGAGGUGUAUUCUUUGUGCCCUACUUGUUGUUCCUGGUGUUGUGUGGCAUCCCUCUGUUCCUCUUGGAGACCUCGCUUGGACAGUACACCAGCCUGGGGGGGGUCAGCGCCUGGAGGAACAUCUGCCCAUUAUUUGGAGGAAGAGGGAGGACUGAGACAAAACCCACAGACACCACUGACAGUCCAGGGGGCGUGUCCGAACACACGCACACAGAGACCAGUACAAACGCAGAACACUUAAGGACAGAUAAUCGGCAAGAAAGCACGUACACGGAUGACGGAAACUAA